UUGUCCUCUACUCACUUUAGCGUUACACAAGCUUCGAAAAACUUUUUCUAUCUGUCGUUCAUUCUUUCUUUCUUUCAAUUAUCUUGUUAUUAUUUUAUACGUUCAUCGUCCUCUUAAAACCAACGACAAGACAUUAACGUUCGUAGAAUGAAGACACUUCAACAAACGAAGAAUAAAGCUACCAAGAACGGUAACCAUGGAAAUUGGAAACAUCCGACUUCUGUUGCCCACUCAUCAGCAACUCCGCUUCAAAACGCACCACCUUUAGAGGUUAUCGUCGCAAAAGAUGAGGGACCAUCCUCCACAGCAGCGUCUCCUCAACCGUGCAAUCGUACUGUAACCACGAAUGCUGUUUAUACGCAAAACAAUGACUAUCCAACCCACCCAAGUCCAUCUGCUAUAAGCGAAACGGCUGCUGUCAGUGCUUUACACGCAUCCUCACUACAACAGCCAGCAUUCAAUGAUCAAACAAAGUUACUAACAAGCAAUAAUAAUAUGAUGGCCCAUUCGCAACCUGGAACACCUCAUCCUGAAAGUAACAUGCAACAACAUCUAGUAGACCAGCAACAACAUCCUCCAACGGCGACUACGGCUACUGAUAUGUCUCCUUAUCGUGCACCCACGCCAUCUUAUUCAACAGGUCGUAGUACUUCCCUCAGAGGCAGAUCAAACCUGUUUUCAAAUGAUAUUGGACCUUAUUUCAGCUCUACAAAGAUCUAUGACAAUUUAUAUGCUUCAGACAAGCAAACACUAUUAUCUGUACGUAUCCAAUCCAAGUUUGAUCGUGGGUUCUUCUUGGCGGAUAAUGACUGGACUUGUUACCGACGCAAUUACUUUCAAGUGAGCACUGUCUUUUCUCUCCAUGGUUUCAACCAUUAUUACGCUGUAGAACCUCAUAUCUAUGUCAGCGCCACCAACAGCAAUAAUGAACUCGCUCUGUAUCCUGUUCAACGCUUCUUGGUGGGUAUCAGCGCUCGUGCUGCUAAUAACGACAAGACGGUUGAACUGAUUCAACAUACGCCCAAACGUGACAAAGGCCCUCAAUUCACACCUGAACCCAAACCUAUCCUGCCGGGUGGAAAUCUUUCGAUGAGCUCUGUGGCCAAUAAUCAAAACAUUGUUACCUUUGAACGUAUUCAAUUCAAGACAGCCACUGCCAACAAUGGUAAAAGAAGAGCUGCUCAACAAUACUAUGUCGUCAUGACCGAUUUGUACGCUGAAACAGAUAGAAUGGAAUUGAUCAAGAUCGGUACCUGUCAGUCCGCCUCUCUCAUCGUGCGUGGCAGAAGUCCUGGUCAUUAUGCUGAUAACAAUAAUGCCAUCCCCGUCGCUCCUGGGCCCGGCCAUAAAGUGCAUCCUUAUUUGUAUCAGCAACAUCAUCCACCCUAUCCCGAGCCUUCCAUGGCUGCUCAUCCUGCCCCCUUGUUGAUGGGUCCUCCUCCCCCUCCUCCUCCUCAUCAGCAGCCUCAACCUACACCCACCACGAGCUCUGAGCCGCCGAUGACACCUCAAUUAACGCCUCCUUUGAGACAAGACCUCCGAUCUCAUUCAUCCGCGUAUUACCCUACGUCCUCUGUGCCACCCAUGAAACAAGAGCUCAUGGAGGCGCCUCACCAUCAUUCAUCCCCCUAUGAUGCUGCUGCUACUACUACUACGACCACCACUCAUGUGGCUACGGGCCCUGGUUCUGCUUCAGCUCCUGCGCCUCCUGUACAACCUUCACCUUAUUCUUAUUAUCCUUAUUAUCCUCAGCCCGCACCUUAUGCUCAAUAUAUAGUACAUGAUGGUCACGACUACUACAACAAUAACAGCCACCCUCAUCCUCAUCACCCAUCCCACCAAGACGCAAAGUAUCAAACGCCUCUUAUGUAUCAACAUCAUACUGCUUACGAAUUCAAUCGUGCUCGUUAUGAUAGUGCGUCUUCUGGAUCCUCCUCUAUCCCAUCACCGGGUGCGCAUCCUUCACAACAACAACAACAUCAACAACAAACUUCUACUGCUACUACUACCAGUGGUUCAAACAGUACAGAACAACAGACUUACUUUGGACAGCCACAUCAUCCACGCUCUUCUCCUUAUUCUUCUCCUUAUCCUGCUGUAUUACAACAACAGUCAUCUUCGGAACAGCAGCAACAAACAAGGAUGCCUCCUAUGAUGUCUUCCAAGCAGUCUUCCAUGGCUUAGAGAAAAUAACUUUUUUUUAUUAUGUUACUUUCAUUACAACUACUAUUUUACAACUACCGCCACCGUUCUAUCCUCUCCUCCUUCUCCCCACCUCCUCUUAUGUUUCAUUAUUGUUGUUACAACCCAUGUCUUUUUAUUAUUGAACUGUCUUAGUGUACUCCAUAGUGAAGAAGUAGAAAAAGAUACUCCAUUUUAUUAUUAUCUAUUUCAUUUUUUUUUCUUCUUUGUCAAAUCCCUACUGUUUACUUGAAUAUUUUCAUCAUUAUACAUUACAACUAUAAAUAUAUAUGUAUAUGAAUAUAUAUAUAUAUAUAUAUAUCGAUAUCCUUU